AUGGAGCACAGGGCUGAGGAAACAAGUCCUGCCAUCAGCGUGAAAACUUUUGUUUUAUUUGACACUGAAACAACAGGAUUACCAAGCCCCGGCUAUAAUCCAGGUAUCGUGGAGCUGUGUUUUAUUGCUGUAACUAGGGAGGAACUUCUUACAAAGCAGAAGACUUUGCGUGUGAUCAAUAAGCUGGUUAUAUGUGUCAAUCCUUGCAAGAAGAUUGGAUCUUCAGCAUCGGAAAUCACUGGUCUGUACAAUGAAGCGCUUGAAGACAUGCCAUCAUUCAACAAACAAGCACCAUUAAUCACCAUGUUUCUGGAGAAUCUCCCACAGCCGGUCUGUCUGAUUGCCCACAAUGGAAACGAGUGA